CUUUACCCUCUCAACCUUGACAACUUCCUUUCUAUUUUUCCUUUCGAUCAUAUCACUCCUUAUAAGUCCGGUUCUAAUUGCCCUCUUCAUUUCCGUUACUGUCGUGGCUUGGUUCUUUUAUACGUCCUUCUUCCGGGAAAUGUUGUGGGGUGUCUUUAAGGCUCUACGUGGACGGUGACUUGCAGCUAUCGUGGCCAUGACUCGAAACGGAGUUUUUCAACAAGGAGGAAUAUUAGAAUCUAUUGCGAGGUUCUGGGCUCAUUCUUAUGCGCCCGACUAUGUAGGAUUCGCUGGUCUCUUGACAGCCUACCUUCUAAUACAAUUCCUCGUCGAACCCUUCCAUCGCAUGUUCUAUAUCAACAACCUAAACAUAUCGUUUCCCCACGCCGAGAUCGAACGGGUCCCCGUCUGGCUUAACUUUGUCUACGCACUGUUUGUCCCGCUUGGGGUUGUGUUGCUGUACAAUAGCUUCUUCCGAGCCUCGUUCCAUAAACAUCAUAGCACUAUACUCGGUCUUGCCAUUGCUUUAAUCCUCAGCUCAUUCCUCACCGAUAUAGUAAAGAAUGCCGUUGGCCGUCCGAGGCCGGACUUGAUUGCCCGAUGCAAGCCGGCUCAUGGCACCAAACCCGAUGUUCUAGUGACGAUCGAUGUGUGUACCGAGACGGAUCACCAUACUCUCCACGACGGUUGGCGAUCGUUCCCCUCGGGUCAUUCUAGCUUCUCCUUUAGCGGCCUCGGGUACCUAGCCUGCUUCCUAGCUGGCCAGCUGAGGAUUUUCCGCAACAAGAAGGAUAUAGGUCGGUCAUUGAUCUGUCUUGCCCCUCUCGUCGGAGCAGCCUUGAUAGCCAUUAGUCGGUGCGAAGACUACCGUCAUGAUGUAUACGAUGUUUCUGUGGGGUCGAUAUUGGGGUUUACUGUAGGCCUCUUCACUUACCGCAGGUAUUGGCCUCGGCUGAGUAGCCGAGAAUGCGACGAACCGUAUCCGCCUCCUGGCACAGGGGCAGAAGACGGGGAAGGCUGGAGGAGAGUUCGAGAUGAAGAGGAAGGAGGUUCGGUCGCAGGACGAAACGAUGGAUAAUCGGAUCAAAGAGGCACAAAAAAGAAACAGCAAAUAUGUACUGUGAUUUGUGCCAAGUAUUGGAAAUAUGCCUCGACACUUUAUAAUUAUUUACAAGGACCGAUCGCGACUUUCCAUUUCUGUCUAUAGCCUCGUCUUCAGACAGCUGCCAUCGAACAAUAUCCAGCGAUGAAGUUGCAAAUUUCAAAUGAACAUGACUUAUUGGCCUGGUGCUACGUAAUAUUUCCUUUAGUUCUUGAUAUAUGUAGCUAAGUAAUAAUAUUUUAAUAUUUGGAUGGAUGACAUCAAUAUCGAGGGUUGUUGGGUAUUGCAGACUACAUGGUACCUGUACAUUAACAAGGUAGUACAUAGGCAGAUACCUACUAGGAGGUAGGUAGGAAGUAGGUGGUAGCAUACUAGGCUGACCUAUGUACAUAUGUAGGUAGGUACAUAGUAACUACCUAAAGCAACCUGAAGUUGUGAAGGAUCAUAGGUACAAGGUAUCUUUCCUAAUAGAGUCC